CCACUUUUGUACAUAUCAAUCCUUCCCUCUUGAAACAAUACCAAAGGCCACCACCUGAUCCCCAACAUAAUGGCAAGAAAAACACCUCCCCGUCUUUUGCUCUCAAUCUUCUCUCUCUUACCUUAUCUUCUUCCAUGCAACUGUUCCUGCAAGGUGGCUGAAACAGGAGGAGGAGCCACCAUUAGAGGGAUGUUUGUGUUUGGAAGCUCUCUGGUUGACAGUGGCAACAAUAACUUCCUUAAAAACUCACUGGCCAAGGCUGAUUACUUACCUUAUGGAAUAGAUUUCCCUCUUGGUCCUUCUGGUAGAUUCAGUAAUGGCAAGAAUGUGAUAGACCUUCUCGGUGACCAACUCCAGCUUCCUAACUACAUUCCAGCUUUCACUAAUCCUUCAACAAAGGGAAGCAGAAUCGUUCAUGGAGUUAACUAUGCAUCUGGAGCUUCCGGAAUACUAGACGAUACCGGCUCAAUUGCGGGCCAAGUGAUCAGUUUGAGUCAACAAAUCAGGAACUUUGAAGACGUGACACUGGUGGAUUUAGAGGAACAGCUGGGGUGCAAAAGCACAGAAUCACUUCCUGAGUACCUGUUUGUCGUGGGAACAGGAGGGAACGAUUACUCAUUCAACUACCUCCUGAGCGCAGCCAGCAGCAAUGUCAGUCUCGAAACUUUCACAGCCAAUUUGACCACCACUCUCUCUCACCAACUAAAGAGGCUGUACAGUUUGGGAGGUCGGAGGUUUGUGUUGAUGUCAGUGAACCCCAAUGGGUGCAGUCCAAUGGUUAUGGCCAGACAGCCAAUGCGUAAGGGCUGCAUACAGAGUGUGAAUCGAGCUGUUAGUCUCUUUAAUGGCUACUUGAAAUCAUUGGUGGAUAUUAUCAAGCCAGAAAUGCCUGGUUCCAACCUCGUUUAUGUUAACUCAUACAAGGUUAUCAGGGACAUCAUCAAAAACCCAGACUCCAAAGAUUUUGGAGAUGCAAGCACACCUUGUUGUGAAGUGGCUUCAAUUGAGGAAGGUGGGACUGGAGUUUUAUGCAAAAAAGGUGGGUCAACAUGUACAAAUAGGAGCACUCAUAUAUUCUUUGAUGGGUUGCAUCCAACAGAAGCUGUGAAUGUUGUGCUCGCAACCAAGGCUUAUGCUUCCAAUCUCAAAGCUGUAGUGUAUCCCAUCAAUGUUAAGCAACUUGCCAGCAUUUAGGUUUCAUGUCCCCUUCUGUCUGUUUUAUAAUCUAAGAAUCUACAACUCAACAACUUUUUCAAACAAGGCUGUAAUGUAUAUUACUCUCUCUCUCUCUC